GCCGAGAGCCAGUUAACAAGAGCCUGCGAGUUCCUGUCUUUUCUCAUCCCUGAAUCCUUACCGCUGGCCUAAGCUGGGCAUGGGGCGUCCGGUGAUGAUGACUUUAGAGAACAAGGAUAUGAAGGGAUUCACGUGGGCCAUAGCCCCAGCCUUGACCUCCCUGGGCUACCUGCUCAUACUGCUGGUCUCCAUCUUUCCCUUCUGGGUACGGCUUGUAAACGAGGAGUCUCACGAGGUGUUUUUCAGUGGCCUGUUUGAGAACUGCUUCCAUAUCAAGUGCUGGAAGCCUCGACCCUUAUCAGUGUACAUCAUUCUCGGCCGCGUUUUCCUGCUGUCUGCGGUUGUCCUGUCUUUCCUCACCACCUUCAUCCUGGUGUCCUUUGCGUCUCAGCUGUUUCCCAGGACCUGGAAGCACAAUCUGGUGUCAGCCUUCAUCAGCUUCCUCACAGGGGUCUGUGCCUUCCUGGCCUUGUUGCUGCAUGCCCUGGAGAUCCAGAAUCUGAGGAUGAAGCCCAGCCCCCCCCAGUUCUCCGUGCAGUGGCCUUACUACGUCCUUGGCUUUGCCAUCGUUCUGUUCAUAGUGGCUGGUGCCAUCUGCCUCUUCCAAGAAACAGCCUGCCUUAGCUGCCAUUGGUUGCCCAAUUCCCGGAGUAUCGAGGAGAGCCAGGGCGUCCCCCACCUGGAGAAUCUGGAGAGUUUGGGAGGAGACCUAAGCUCCAUACAAAAGGAGACGCUGCUGAAAGAAGAAACGGUUAUCUAGUCCAGGAGAGCGUCCUCCAGGCAUCCUCAGCUGUAUGAGCCUG